GACUCUGUUGGUCAACUUAUACAUAGCAAGGUGAAAAAUGAUGUACAUUGAUACAGUAUGUAAAAUUUGAACUUUAAUUUGUCUGGUAUGGGCCAGUUUGUGACUUUCUGCAUGUGAAUUAUGAUUAAGUGACUCUCCGACUCUUUCUGCAUGCUCUAAGGCCGUCAAACUUGUCAUUGACUAAUUCGUGGCGUCAAGACUUUUUGUGACUUAGAUUUGUGCUGAUCAUAAAAAUGACUGGGGAAGGUGAAACACCUACUGAGAUUAUCCAGGAGACGGUAAUGGAAAAGGAAUUGACUGAGUUAAGUGCAUCUUUGAAAAGGGCUGAUCGCCUCAGGCUUGAAGAUCCAGAGAAUGUGAAGGAGGUGACAUUUGUUGACAAGCCAGAAAUGAGGAACUUUGCCCGCCAACCCAGUAGAGUUAGUCAGGCUAGUUAUGGAGCCUGCAACUGUGGGACGAGGUUCACACCAGCUAUGGAGGACAAGUUACGAAGGCGUUUGAGGUUCUUCUUCAUGAAUCCCUGCGAGAAGUGGCGAGCAAGGCGGAGAUUCCCAUGGAAACUGGUGUUGCAGAUUUUCAAAAUAGUCAUAGUAACGAUUCAGCUAACAGUAUUUGGUACAGACAGGGCCAGCCAUGUCAGUUUUGUAGAGAAGAACACAGUCGCAUUUAAACAUCUCUUUUUGAAAAAUUGGGACACAACGUUUGAAACUAUGCCCUACCCGCCAACGAAUGGGCCGUUUGCUGUGUACACGAUACCAGAGUUGGCCAAUUCAAUAAACUACAUCAUGAAACGAUAUAAUGAGACUAGGACAUUGGCCAUUGGAUCAUACGAUUUCUCAGAGGAAGAUGGCUCCAAACCUCCAAUGAAGAUCUGUUUUGAUCGCUACAAAUUGGGAGAGAUCUCCGCUCAUAAUGAGACAUAUCAUUUCGAUGCAGGAAUAAUGACAGAGUGUGCCAACUUAACUGCAGUGAACAAAUGUAAAGGGAAUGCAACAGAGCCAUGUUUCGUGUUUGAUAUCAUCGCAUUUCUUGAUGAGCACAACAGUACGCUAAAUCUGGACAACAUUGUAUCAAUCAAAGUCUCCUUUUCCUUGAAAUCGAUCCACUUGAAACGGCUGACACAGGUCUCCUCACCAGACUGUUUUGAGUUCAAUAUUCUUAUUCUCUAUGACAAUAGCGGUCAUUCUGGUCAGUGUCCGGUUACCCUUAAAAGUGUUGUAGAUCCAUUGAAGUGCAGCAAAGAAUCAAAUGUUAUUCAUGCAAGUGAAAACUACUUGAAACAAAUUGGUACAACAGUUCUUGAUGUUUUGGUGAUUUUCAUCAGCGCUUCCUCCUUCAUACUAUGUUUCCGUUCUCUCAUCAGAGCAGAGCAACUCAAAAAGUUAACAGUGAAGUAUUUCUUUCAUCGAGAGAAUAGACGCUUGAAUUUCUACGAGACGUCUGAGUUCCUGAAUCUAUGGCACGUUCUCAUUCUGAUCAACGAUACUCUGACAGUGAUUGGCUCGUCGCUCAAAAUACAAAUUGAGAGCAAGAACAGCCAGAAUUAUGACGUGUGUAGUCUUCUGCUUGGUACAGGGAAUCUCCUUGUCUGGAUAGGAGUACUACGAUAUCUAUCCUUCUUCGAUCACUACAAUAUUCUCAUUUUAACGAUGAAGAAGUCACUGCCAGAUAUUACUCGUUUCAUCAUCUGUGCGGCCGUGCUGUACCUUGGCUUCACUUUCUGUGGCUGGGUGGUGCUCGGACCCUACCACAUUAAGUUUCGUGAGAUUAUGACAGCAUCUGAAUGCUUAUUUUCCCUGGUGAAUGGGGACGAUAUGUUCGUAACAUUUGCCGCUAUUCAGCUGGAGAACAGCGUCAGUUACAUCUACUACUACAGCCGUAUCUACCUAUACAUAUUCAUUAGUGUAUUCAUGUAUGUGGUCUACAGUCUCUUCACGUCCAUCAUCAUCAACACAUAUGAUACAAUCAAGGGGUACUACACAGAGGGUUUCCCUAAGAGUAUUAUACAGGAGUUCAUCGACCGACAUUCUGAGGAUGUUGAUUCUCCACUUUACCGCUCAGACUCCGGCCAUAACAAGGGUUGCAUCUGUUGCAUGUUGCCAUGCUUUGAAUCUUGCUGCAGAUCUGGAGAUCACUACCCUGAUGAGUAUACCAACAUUAUAAACUCUUGAACCUCCAAGUUUGACUACCUCCAAGUUUCAGCUGGUGACCACGUUGCACUAUUUUGUGCUGAUACAUUGCAAGAUGGCCAGGAAUGUUGGGUCUUGCCCAGUGCAUAAUCAUUGAAAAAGGCUAGGAUUGAUCGUUCUGAUCUGGAUCCUUAGAGCUGACAUCAUUGCUACAAAACAAUCUGUGUAGCAUUGAAAGGAAGACCUUCAAAAUCAGGAAUUCAUUCUCCUGAGAAGAGGAGACAGAAAACUAUACUCAUCACGUCAUGUAUAUUCGAGUGCUUAAUUUAAAAAAGUGAGCUUUAAAUUGCUUUUUUAGCAUUGGUGGUAUUACCUGUUAAACAGGGAUGUGUAACUCCGCACUGUAUUACUGAAGUCUUGAUGUCCCCGCAAUUCCAUGUAGAAAUUUGUGGAUCUAGAUCUAAUAUUGCUUAGUCUGGUUUCUUGAGGCAAAUGGGAUAGUGAACUUGUAGUGAACUUGAAGUGACGUCUUGGGUUGUCUUUGUAAUAAUCAAACAUUGUGGUGUUUCAAACACAAAAUCAUUAAAUUAGUGCGAAAAUGGUUCAUGUAUAGUCGCUUGUCACAUUUGCAGGUGAGCAGGUUCAUGAAGGGUUGAUGAAUAUUAGAACAGCAAAAGUCCCAACCAAAAUCAAAAAUUAGUCGGACUUGUAAAUGUAAAAAGCUUGUAAAAAUGUGUCAGAGCCAGUUCUAUAAAAUUGUGAUGUUGUGGUCAUAAUUCUUGUACAUAAUGAUGUAAUAAGCUAUUAAA